AUGACUUUGUAUCACUUUGGUAAUGUUGCUGCACUUGCUGUACUGCCGAUUUACUUCCUGUAUAAGUUUAGUGGACUAGCUGAAUAUGGAGCAUACAAGUGCUUUCAAGCUGGUGGAACGUACAUGUUCACACAACUAUGCAAGAUGUUGAUCCUAACAUUCUUCCCAGAAACUAUCAACUCAGAUCCAACUGGAUUCAACUUCAUAGGGGAAUGCCUCAGAUGCUCAGCUGAUCUCCUCGACUUCAUCGGUCUCACUUUCGUUCUCUCAAAAAUUCCCGGAAAAGGACACAGCAAGCUCCUAACAGCAGCAGUUGGUUGGUGUACAGCAGAAAUUGUUCUUUCAAAAGGCUUGACCCUCUGGAGAGCUCGUGGUGCUGAAUUCUCAUGGAUCUACACUCAAAAAUCACUUGAAUCCAACAUUCUUCUCGUCAUCACAAUUGCAGUCACAACACUCCUCUGGCUCUGGUCCAGACAUGAUCUCAAUAAGAAAAUGAUGCCAUUUGUGACAUUCUUGCUGUUUGCCAUUGCCUUUCGUAAUGUGUGGCUUGAUGGCAUUUUAUAUGCAAUGAGUUUUGGACCGUGGUCGGCACUCAUUGCUAAAGGAUUAGUUGCAAUAUUUGGAUUUGGAAUUCCAACACUUUAUUUAUAUUCGAGUAUGGCGCAGUCAAUUGGAAUUUAAGAGAUCAAAUAAUGUUGAA